UAGAUCCGACUGGGGCUAAACUUUUUUUUUUUUUCUAGAAAGUGAGCUGCGGAGAUUUGUACCGCUCACUAUGAGCCUUGCUUAAAAGAAUAUCAACAACAGCUUGGACUUGGCCCGACACUCAGAAAAAGUUGGACUCUUUCACUCAACCGUUUGUGGUGUUUUUUCGUCUUUUGUGGCUGCAUCUGCGUUUUUUGGGGGGACGAGAGCAUAAAUUCCAAUGUGGAGUUUAUGCGCUUUGUUACGUUAACAAGUAUGCCAGCAGGAAAAAACAGGAAAAGGCUGUCUUUCAUUGCAGAUUUCGACAGCUAACACACUUUGGAAGAAUAUCAAGUGCUCGACUUGUAAAGUUUAGAAUGACUCCGAAUAACUUUUACUGAGUGUCGUCGAGAUUUUCAGAUUUCUCCCGGCGUGGAAAAAAAGUUUGGGAUUGGCUCACGUUUAUUUUUUAACUUCCGAAGCCUAACUUUUUUGGGACAUAAAGUUCGAAGACUGUUUUGGGACAAUGGAUCCGAGCCAGCACAACCCUCCUGCCGGACACCAAAUCGUCCAUGUACGGGGCGACUCUGAGACUGAUCUAGAGGCGCUUUUUAACGCUGUGAUGAACCCGAAAGUCAAUACCGUGCCCCACUCUGUGCCCAUGAGGAUGAGGAAACUGCCAGACUCCUUCUUCAAACCCCCAGAACCAAAGUCUCAUUCCAGACAAGCCAGCACCGAUGCUGGGAGUGCCGGAGUCCUCAUCCCUCACCAUGUCCGUGCACACUCAUCCCCUGCUUCCUUGCAGUUAGGAGCUGUUUCUGGUGGCUCACUGUCUGGCAUGGGCUCAACAGGGGCCUCUCCUCAACAUCUUCGUCAGUCUUCUUAUGAGAUUCCUGAUGACAUGCCCCUACCAGAUGGGUGGGAGAUGGCCAAGACAGCCUCUGGCCAGAGAUACUUCCUCAACCACAUUGAUCAGACCACCACUUGGCAGGAUCCACGCAAGGCCUUGCUCCAGAUGAACCAGCCUGCCCCUCCCAGUUCUGUGCCAGUCCAGCCGCAACCUAUCAUGAACCCAGCCAGUGGACCCCUCCCUGAUGGCUGGGAACAGGCUAUUACAGCAGAGGGAGAAAUUUACUACAUCAAUCACAAGAACAAGACCACAUCCUGGCUGGACCCACGACUUGAGCCACGUUAUGCUCUGAACCAGCAGAGAAUUUCCCAGAGUGCUCCAGUGAAACAGGCCGGGCAGCUGCCUCCUAGCAUCAGUGGAGUUAUGGGAAGCAACAACCAGAUGAGACUUCAGAUGGAGAAGGAAAGACUGAGACAGAAGCAACAGGAGCUGCUUCGGCAGAGACCACAGGAGCUGGCUCUAAGGAACCAGCUGCCUACCAGUAUGGAUCAAGAUGGCAGCACAAACCCUGUGUCCUCCCCUAUGGCUCAAGAUGCCCGGACCAUGACGGCCAACAGCUCUGAUCCAUUCCUCAACAGCGGGACCUACCACUCCAGGGAUGAGAGCACAGACAGCGGCUUGAGUAUGAGCAGCUACAGUGUCCCUCGCACUCCAGAUGACUUCCUGAACAGUGUGGAUGAGAUGGAUACAGGGGACCCACUUGCACCCUCCAUGGCAACACAGCCCAGUCGUUUCCCUGACUACCUGGAUACCAUUCCUGGUACAGACGUAGAUCUGGGUACCCUGGAGGGGGAGAGCAUGGCGGUGGAAGGUGAGGAGCUGAUGCCCAGCCUGCAGGAGGCGCUGAGCUCAGACAUCCUCAAUGACAUGGAGUCUGUGCUGGCAGCUACCAAGCUCGACAAGGAGAGUUUCCUCACAUGGUUAUAGAAAAGCCGAGCUGGCCACUCCUUCCUCGCUCCUCUACCUACACUCUGAACUUCUGCCUGCUCUAAUCUGUGAAGGAAUCAUAGAUGAUUUUAUCAGACAUUUCAGCAAGCCUCUCGGGACUUCUGUGUCUGUGUCAGCAUGUAAGGCCAACCUCUUUUUUUUUUUUUUUUCCUGGCAGUAUUGUUCUGUUCUCUUCACUGGUUGUGUUAUCUCUGUAUUUUGUCUGUGUCUUCAAGGCUGGCCUAUGAACAGACAAUUAUGCAAGGGUCCCCAAAUCUUUCACAGGCCUGUCAGUGAAUCUAGGGCAUAUUUACCCACUGGGCAGGUGCUUCCACUCUUCUGCCCUGAUCAGUUAUCCCCUGGAGUCUCUGGAGCCUCUUUCUUGCAAAAUAGCGUGACGCAUCACUACUUAACUGUAUUUGGGACUUUUGCAUCUAGCUAGUAGCUUUAUAUUUGGCCUCGUGUUUUUAUUCUUUUUUGUUGUUGUUGUUUUGUUUUGUUUUUUUCAACAAGCCUGAAAAACCAAAAAUGAUGUAUUUGGAGCAUAAAGAACAAUACUGAUUUGGAGUAAAGGUAACGUGAGGCCCAUGUUGCUUGGGGUGGGGGUGGGAGGGGUUCGAACCUGCGGAUUGACUGCACCGCUGCUUGGCUGUGCCAGCAAGUCUAAGUUAAACCUUUGAUAGAUCAAGUGCCUUCAGUUGUAUUUUUUUUUUUUUUUUUUUGAGAUGCGAGCGACACGAAUAAAUACCCACAUUUCUAUAAUUCAGCGACAAGCACACUGCUGUUCCCGUAAACGGCAGGCAUACUUCCCUCUAAUGUUCAAUGAUCAAAAUUGUAUGUUUGGGGUUCCCAGCCUGAUUCACAAUCCAUUCGUUGUUUUAUCUUUUUUAGUGUUCUAUUUUUAGAUAACUAUACAUGUAUGAUAGUUUAGAUCAAAUGGCAUUUUACUUUCUUUUUUUUCCUUCUUUCAUACAUGGAUUGAAUCAUUUUAUUUUAUUUUUUUUUAGACGGGGUCGUCUGUUAUAUCGCAGCACGACACUUCAAUGAGAUCAAACCAGCCAGGACUUAAUCUUGGUGGUCUGAUUCUGUUUGGACUCUUUUUAAACCCAUUUAUCUGAUUCUCUCGUCUCUGCUUUACUGUAUCCACUUUAAUGUUAUUGUAUUUUUGAUAUUCACAUGCAGCUUUUUUUUUUCACUGUCUUUCCUGAACAUUAACCAAAAAGGCAGGUCUCUUGGCUCAGAACAAAGUAUAGCUCUUUGAUCAAUGAAACCUUAUGACCACAUACAGUAUACAACAGUUACAAUGUUGGAACUCCCCCGCCCCUCCCGUCUAUGCGACGCUGUGUUGAGUGUUUUAAAUGAAAGGUUUAUAGACUGCAGCCAGGACAAGUUUUAGCAGGUUUAAGAGUCAUGUCAAGGGGUAGAGUAGAGGAUCAGUGUGUGACUGAUGGUGGUGAGUUUUUCCUUUUGCCUGUGUUUUGUUUUGUUUUUUUGUUUUGUUUUGUUUUUUGGGGGGGUGG